AUGCGCUACACCAUCUCUGCUGCCAUUGUGGCCUUUGCCGCCUCCGCCGUCGCCCAGACUUCAGGCUUCGAUGCUCUGUCCACCCCCGCCAAGGACGAGAAUGUCUCUGCCGGCUCGACUUACACUGUUGUUUGGGAUGCCAGCUCCUACACUGACGAGACCGUGACCCUGUCUCUGCUCGGUGGUGCCGACUCUACCACUCUUCAGGACCUUGGCUCCUUUGCCACUGGUGUUGACAACGGAGCUGGUAGCUACUCUUGGGCUGUGGACUCUUCUCUCGGUGAUGCCGCCACCUACGGUAUCAAGAUCACCCUGGAGAGCGACACGUCCAUCUUCCAGUACUCGUUCCCCUUCCACAUUGUAGCCACCACCAGCGACGACAGCACCACCACUGUUGCCACCACUGCUGCUGCCACCACCAGCGCCGGCGGCUACCCUACCACUGUGAUCUCCUCUGCCACCACUGAGGCCACCACUGAGGCUACUACCUACGCCGCCGAGCCCACCACCUACGUCGCCGAGCCCACCACCACCAGCACUUCCACCUACGCCGAGGCCACCACCAUCAUUGCCAACUCUAGCAGCACCGCCGUCACCACUGCCAGCGGCGCCGCUUCUUCCACUCUGUCCAGCGUGACCAAGACCUCUGCCACCAGCACGUCCGCUUCCAACGCCACCUCUACUCCCAUUAUCAGUGGAGCUGGCCGUUCUCUCGCUGGAUCCCUGGCUCUGUUCGGAUCCCUGGCCCUCGCUGCCGUCUUUGCUCUGUAA